AUGCCUCGCUCCAUCCUCGCGCUCCCGCUGCUGCUGCUGUCCUUGCUGUGCCUCGCGCGUGAGAGUGCGUGCCAGCACUACUACGCGCUGCGUCCGGCGCCGAGCGACGCCCUGCCGCUCGUGGAGCUGCACGAGGACCCGGAUCCUGCGCUGGACCCCGGAGAGCGCGAUCUGAACGAGACCGAGUUGAGGCGCGCGCUCGGACACUUUGAUGCGCGCUUUCUGUCCACAUCGCCUCCGCUGCCUCCGGAGCAAGAAGAGCAGCGAGAGCACGAGCGCCACCUCGCGGGUGGCAGCGGCGACCUCCACGCGGGGCUGAAGAAGAAGAUGAAGAAAAAGCUGCAGCAGCAGAAGAAAAAGCGGCGGAGGCGCCUGUGGCUGCGCGAGCGCACGCUCUGCCCCGUGGCGCACGCGUGGAGUGACCUGGGCGCGCGCUUCUGGCCGCGCUACGUGCGCCUCGGUAGCUGCAGCCGCGAGCGCUCGUGCUCGGUGCCCGCGGGGAUGCUGUGCACGCCCGCCGCAUCCACACACGUGACGCUGCUGCGCUGGAGAUGCGCGAGACGAGGGACGCUCAAGUGCGCCUGGAUCCGCGUGCACUAUCCCGUCAUUACUGAAUGCAAGUGUUCGUGCACGAGCAGCUGA